AUGGCUAGCCAACAGAAAAAACGAAAACGUCACGAAAUUACAGCAUUUGAGAAACGAGAAAUAUGUCAGUACAAACUAACGAAUACGAAAGCCAGUCUAGACAGCAUGUCAAAACAUUUUGGUAACACCUUUGGUCACGAAAUCAGAAAAUCAACGAUUGGUGACAUUCUCAAAAAUAAAGAAAAAUGGCUGAAGAUUGCAGAGGACGAAGCGUCACUCUCACGGGCUCGAAAUGCCAAGAACCAAAAUGAUUUUAAUCCGGAGGUGUAUGUGCGAUACCGAAACAACAAAAAGGCGUGGAUGUCUUCAGAUCUGUUUUGUGAUUGGCUGAGAGCGUUUGAUCGGCAAAUGAAGUCACGCGGCCAACAUGUGAUUCUCCUUGUUGAUAAUGCCGCCAGUCAUUCUUGUAAAGAUACGGCGUUGUCUCAUGUGAAAGUGCAUUUUCUUCCCCCAAAUACCACUGCACACAUCCAGCCAAUGGAUGGCGGUAUAAUUAGUGCGUUCAAAGCUCACUACAGAAGGUAUUUAGUUUGGCUCUUUCUAAAAUGUGUUGAAGAUGGGGAAGCGCAAGUGGUCAACUUGAGACAGGCGUUGAGAUUUGUUAAACAGUCGUGGGGAGAGGUGACAAGUGCAACGAUCCGCAACUGUUACAAGCAUGUAGAUAUCCUUCCCAAUACUGAUGACGAUGAUGAAGAUGAUUUGGUGCUUUCCGAGUUACGUGAUUUGUUGAAGUCCCAUCAAAAUUCCGCUGACGAAGGAGGUUCUGUUCUGACAGCAGAGGAAUAUGUGGACGCCGACAUCAUGGAAGAAACCGGCCGCUCACUGACAGAUGGCGACAUACUGCAACUUGUAGGUGAACAAACAACACCUGAACCGGCUGAACCCAGUGAUGACGAUGACAAUGAUGUUUUACCACAACCAGCCCCUUCAGCAAAUGACGCAAGACAGCAUAUUGAAUCACUUAAGAGGUACUUUGAAACCACUGGAGAUGAAUCGAACUUAGAACUUGUAUUAAAGAUGCAGAUGUUGUUUGAAUCAAACUGUUCGGUUAAACAACCAAUCAUCACAGAAUAUUUUAUAAAGCACUGA